CAAUUCGAUUAUCCGAGCAUAUAUCUAGAGCAAAGCAGGUCUUAGCUCCCACAUACCCGCCCCCUCCCAUCUCCUCCCACAUCCACUCUCCUUCACACUACCAUGUCCUGGAAACUCGGGAAAAGCAAGAAGGCAAAUCUCGCUGCCGACGAUGCCUCCACCAGGUCCAUUACUCCCACUCCAGAUGACAAGCCAUUGUCGCGCACGGGCAUGCUCACCAUUCGCGUCCUAUGGGCAGAGAACCUCGCAGUUCCAGCCGGCACUGCUGUCCCUGCCGCGGUGCAGUCCGCCAUGUCCUCUCAGCAGGCUCAGGUGGCCGCUGCCAUGUCUCCAUCCAGUGUGACACAGUCUCGUCUGGCCGCUGCUGGCAAGGCGAAGCGGGACAGCGUUCAGCGAACACAGUGCUGGUGGCUCCCGUAUCUUGUUAUGGAGUUCGAGGUCAAUCAGAUCCUCAUCACGCCGCUUGGUGGCGAGCUCGAGAAGCCGCUGUACAUGUAUCAGGCUCACUUUGAUGUGUCGCGUAACUCCGAGAUCUCCAUCCAGUCUUACCUGCGCACCGAUGAGCCCAAGCGUGGGUCUGAUGGUGUAGAUGACAUGGGCAAUGAUAUCUUCAUGGGAGGCAUCACGUUUACGCCAGACUUUGACAACAUGGGUACUCAGGAUCAAUGGUACGAUCUCAACGGGGGUGCCGGAAAGCUGAUGAUCGGUGUCGCUUUCCAGCCGAGCAGUGGACAAACGCUCAGCAUUGAUGACUUUGAGCUCAUCACCGUCAUCGGAAAGGGAAGUUUUGGAAAGGUGAUGCAGGUCCGCAAGCGUGAUACCCAGCGAAUCUAUGCCCUCAAGACCAUUCGCAAGGCCAAUAUCGUGAAUAGGAAUGAAAUCACACAUACCCUUGCCGAGAGAUUGGUCCUUGCACGAGUCAACAAUCCGUUCAUUGUACCGCUCAAGUUCAGCUUUCAAUCUGAGCAGAAACUCUAUCUUGUCCUUGCUUUUGUUAACGGCGGCGAGCUGUUCCAUCAUCUUCAGCGAGAACAUCGGUUCAACGAAGAGCGAAGCCGAUUCUACAGUGCAGAGCUCCUGUGCGCCUUGGAACAUCUCCAUGACUUGGAUGUCGUCUAUCGUGAUCUCAAGCCUGAGAAUAUCCUCUUAGACUACACUGGUCAUAUUGCUUUGUGCGAUUUUGGUCUUUGCAAGUUGAACAUGAAGGAUAACGACAAGACAAACACGUUCUGUGGGACACCUGAGUACCUUGCACCUGAGAUCCUCUCCGGAUCUGGAUAUAACCGAACGAUUGAUUGGUGGACUUUGGGCGUUUUGCUGUAUGAGAUGCUGUCUGGCCUGCCUCCAUUCUACGAUGAAAACACGGAGAACAUGUACAAGAAGAUCUUGCAUGACCCUCUCGUCUUUGGGGAAGACAUCAGUCCGAAGGCACAGUCCAUCCUUACCGGACUGCUGACGCGUGACCCAACGCAGCGCCUGGGAGUGAAUGGAGCAGACGAGAUCAAGAAGCACGCUUUCUUUGAGAAGGUCGACUGGAAACGACUGAUCCAAAAGAAGAUCCAGCCUCCUUUCAAGCCGAGCGUGUCUAGCCCGGUCGACGUUUCCAAUUUUGACACCGUCUUCACCGCAGAGGCUCCGCUAGACUCCGUCGUCGAGGAUUCGCAGCUCUCCCAGACCGUGCAAGCUCAAUUCGCUGGGUUCUCAUACGAUGGCAGCAACAUGCCCAUAAGCCCGAACUAAUCACCCCACUCCGUUCCUGCAUUGCUUUCCAGACUGCUCUCGGUUAUUCGUUGAUAUACUCUCCUUUUAUUAUUUCUUUCCUCUACAUUCACUACCUUAUACCAUCUGGAUAGUAGCUGUUCUAUGUCACUUUGUCAAUCACUUGCUCACCACGUCGCCCUCAAUCCACUCAUUCGUACAGAUCUCUGCCCCAUUCAUAUGGAUCACAUCAUAAUUUUUCCGUCGCGCUUGGUCAGAUCUAUUGACCAGUCCCCUUUUAAGUACCGAUCUUUCGCCUUAGGCUCAGCGGGCUAUCUUUGGCCGGAAGAAAUAAUUCUAUCAUCAUGCAGAUCUUUGAGAGUGUAAGAUAGAGCUGGCAGCACACGGCGGCCUGCUCAGGCCACGAGGUAAUACAGUCGCCAUCCAUACCCCAACCUUCCUUUGAAUCUCCUGUCCCGCUGUUCUUCUUCAUGUCUGUCCUCUUCGACUUCUACAUACUCAUCACGGCGCAGGUCCACAACACCAGUGUCGACGGUAUCAGUGUACCACCACCGGCCUUUUGGGAUCACCAGGUCAGGCGAGGAUGGAGCGGGAAGGAUUGAUAACUGUGCAUUCGAUCGCUGCAGAACCGUCCACAACAGGUACAUGAUGAUCAUGAUUGGGAUCUCGAUGUAGAACGAGACGAAGUCGACUGCGGAAAAGGUAGGAAAGAUCGAGGACCAGCCUUGGAUGAGGAUGAGAGCAGUCACCGAAAUGAUAUGAACGGCGGGCCCCAAGGCCAUGUCCAGCCUACACGUCCUUGCUUGACCCAUGCUUU